AUGAUGACAUCCGUUGAAAGCCCGGAAGGUCAGUUACCUCCACGUGCCGGUCUGCCUCUUGGUUGCAGCAGCUCAAUGCUUCAAGGACAGGAUUUUGACUUCGGUAAGCGAAAAAUUUAUUCUUUCCACUUUAAUCUGCGUCCGUAAUUUCUCGGCUUUGCUAAGCUCUGUACAACCCGCUUCCUUGACGUUGUCUUCAUCAACUGACGUAAUGGAAAUUGUAACGAGGCUUCGGCUUCCUUAUAAGUUGCAUUACAAUGGCUCGCCAGACCUCAAACAUACCUUAAGUCACAUGCAUAUGCGGCCAGCCAUCUAAACACUGACACCAUGAUCUUUCCUUUCGCCAGAUCGUCACGUUGAUUCCCUCAUGUCGUACAGCCGCCCUACAAACUUUUACGAAGAUAUGCAUGGUUCUGCCACGAUUCCCAGUCAACCGAUUAACCCGGGAUAUUCUCAAAUACACACUAUGGCGUUUGGUUUUUCUUCGUCUCUUCCGCACGGUCAGCUGAGAUCGGACAAUAUGGAGGUGGAACUCGAGAAUAAAGAGCUAUGGGACAAGUUUCACAAUAUAGGAACUGAGAUGAUUAUCACCAAAACGGGGCGGUAAGAGAAAGAGCACCAUGUAUUAUACGCGCGUUCAAAUUUCCGAUGUCAUGUCUAGUAAAAAUCUCUCCGGUAUGAGACAACAGAAAAAGGAUAGAUUCCUCGGCGCAAUUACCAAAGCAAUCCGUUUUAGAGCCCAACGACGACUUAGAGUAAAUCCUUCGUUCUAUGUGCUCUAACGUUAAAGUUUGUGGACCGACAAAGAUUAAAGUGUGUAACAAAUCAAACGAAAGCUAUAAAACAGCACUUCCCGUAUUGAUGUUUCUUUCGCAAUUUUUCCCGAGCAGAACAUUCGGAAAACUAAUUUUUCUCCCCAGCAACUUUAGAAGUUAAGGAAAAGCUAUGGUCUUUCCAAUUUCCCUCUUCAGUCGCGCUCAGGACAAACAGAAUCAGUAAUGGGAGGUCGAGACAAACAAAUAAUUAUACUUGUAAACCUUGACAGCGCUGUCGUAGAAAACAUGUGUGAUAAGAGUUCAUGUUUCAACAGCCAUCAUUUAACUACACUCGAUUUAUGUACGUAGCUGUCAAGCUCUCCAAAAGCGCUCUAACAAAGUGUUCGUGUCCAAACUUCUCCCAUUAAUCACGACGCCAUUUUGUAAUAUUCUGGGACCGAUUUCGAGGAUACUUCACAGUUUAUAAAAAUAUUUGUUUCGGUCGUUUGGUUUCUCGUAAAUGUGAAAAACUCCGGAAAAAGAAAAUUGCUUUCAUUCGACGCAAAUGAGUCGAUGAAAGAGUGAAUUAGAACAAGACCGUGAUCAUCCAUGAACUGACGCGAUCUUAAAAACGUUCCCUUUGAUCCCUCUCCCAGCUGAUUGAAAACCAGUUUAGACCCACUCACAGUGGUUUAGCACUAUUCCGUGAUUCUCGCCUGAAAAUACGCCAGUGAAAUUUGACGGGAAUAGAAAACAUCAACAAAAAUCCAACCCGUAAAUGUUAUGAAAACACCAAGAACAUCCAUUCCAACGUCACUUAACUUUUCUUGGGGUAUUUUCCCGUCACUAAAAACAUUUUAAUUUUCUAUUACGUAAACAGACGCAUGUUUCCCGUGAUCAGGGUCAAUAUAAGCGGCUUAAAUCCCAAGGAGGAGUAUGUGUUGGUUUUGGACAUCAUUCCAGCGGACGAUAACAGGUACAAGUUUCACAACUCAGAAUGGUCUGUGACCGGCAAAGCAGAGCCAUUAAUGCCCACAAGAAUCUUUGUUCAUCCAGACUCGCCGGGAACAGGUUCUCAAUGGAUGAGGCAGGUCGUUUCUUUUCAGAAAAUGAAACUGACGAACAAUCACAUGGACCAGAUGGGACACGUAAGUUAAGAGACAUCUCCAUCGUGAGAUAAGUUCCGCUCAAACGCCAUAUCUCUUUGUUUCAUAACAGUAACAUUGCAGUGUGUCCUUGAAUGUUCGAACCACAAGCAAGUCAGACCAAGGAAUGAUAUGGCGAAAGCCUAACGUAGUUUCUAGAGGCUCUCCCCAAAAGAUUUUGGGCAAUCGUUAUAUACAAACCGUCAUAUAAUCUGUCUACAUGUAUAACAGAACUGAGAAAGAAAAUUUUAGUGUACCCUCCUAGUAAAUUCUUCUAAUUUACGUUUCUUUCCGUCUCGACAAGCAACAACAAACAGAAACAAAAACCUAGAAGAAAAGGAUGACAUUAGGAAAUUUACUUUGCCAUGUUUAAAAGUGGCUGGGAAGUAAUAGGCAAGUUUUGGGUGACCUUAAGGGAAAAAUUUCAUGUCAGCACAAAAAGAAGCUCUACUUGAUAUAAAGGAAUACAGUCAGGUCAUUGAUAGAUGCCUCAUCAGCUCAGUGUUUUCUACAUUUUUCUAUAGUUAACUUCGCUCUCUGUAAGGGUGGAUAUGGAAAGCUCAGUAUAAUUAAACAUUGUAUGGUUCAGCUGCCAUUUCCCAGUAUAAAAUUUGUACGUUAAAUUUCUACGUUACUUUGGAGGAGAGAAUGGCCAGGUCUCUGUCUUUCAAAGGGGCGAGUGUUUGGAGUAGAGGUCUUAUUGAUUACAGGGACUUGGUCUCACCCAAAUUGAAGAAUGAAAAAACCUCAAUGCUAUAUUUUAAUUGUAAUAGGCAAAUUGGCAUAUGUUCUAAAUAAAUGUAGUUUCAAAAAUCCACCUUAAUGCUCAUAGAUAUUAAAAUUAAUGGUAACUUUUGAAGAUGAAUUUUUAUCAUUCGUUACAGCACUAUUUACAUCUCUAAUAUCGAGGGUAAUAAACUGAAACUGUUUUCCCAGUUUGUCCACUUCCAAAGGUUUCAAGGGUUACCCUCUUCCUUAGAUCAAUAUUAAAAGCAAUUUCAAACUUAAAAUACUGAAAAAAAUUAAAUGGCAUUGUGUGACAGUUCUUGGUGAAUUAAGGUUUCAAUUAAAAUGGUCACAUCAAAGGAUUUUGUACACAAACUCAGAGCUAGAACGAUGCAUUACUCCGAGUUAAUGUAAUGCUGAAGAGGUCUCAUUUAAAUAGUCCGCAUAGUACAGGAUUUUGGCUUCAAACUCCAGGGUUAGCAUUACAUACUAAACGAAUAAUAUCAUGUGAAAGUACUGUUAAAGAGGUUUACUUAUUCGAAUGCUGACAUGCAACUACACUUGAAGAAAUUUAUCAGCGUAGAAAUGGUCCAAAAAGUAAUACACAGAUCAGUUCUUUUUAAAGUCAAAAUCAAAACCUAUUUUGUCUAUGCUAAAAGAAUCUAUGUACUGGUUACAACUACAGUUGAAUUUAUGUCUCUAUUUGAACACCCGAGGUGAACUGGGUUUACAUGACAAACUACUCUAAAAACAAAAUUCAUGGAGAAAUAAAAAUUUCAUUUUAACUUUUCCGCAAACAGUGAAAGGCGGGUUCAACUACAUAGCGAAAGUUGAGUCUAAAAGUCUGUUUCUUUGGGAUGAUCUCAAAACCGGAUUUCGUGCACAGCCUCGAAAGUAAGAACCGCACUUAGUUUCUCCAUUGUUGUACUCAUCUAAGAUUCAAGUAACGUCUUACCAUUGAGUGCUGCUUGCCAAGCUUCGCUUAAGUAAAAUAUACUACACACAACUGAUUUCAAGACCAUACUCUAAAUCUUAAUUAAAAGGGCAAGUUUUAACUUGUCAUAAACUUUGUACCAGAAACUUUGUACUGGAUCAAUCAUAAGUACAUUGUCAUCGCAAAACUUAAAAAGUCUUUAUUACUUACACGUCAACUACUACGCAACUGAAGAAAUUACUCUUAAAGUACUCUUUCAAUCUCCCUGAUUGCCUUUUCUUCAAUAGAAGGGAAUUUUUGUAACGGUGUUAAAACAGCUAUGUUAAAUUUUUCGUGGUCAGAAAUGUCGCCAAGUUUAUGUGUCAUAGUAGUACUCAGUAAUCUAUAGCAAAUUGGAUGCUCUGGUCUUGUAAGUUUGCAGGGAACGACAUAAUUAUUUUAACUGAGUGAAGGUCAUGCAAACUCGGAAGCUUAAUGGCGAAAAAGAGAGUCGCAAAAAUUCAGGGCUUGUCUUUUGGGGCUUGUCUUUUGUCUAUUUAUUCGAAUCGGAAAGACCAAUAAAGAGCUAGAUGUUGCAGUGAGGCUUUAAACUUAAACAUUCAACUAAAAGAAAUACAAAAUGCAAGAUUUGUGUACAGAGGAUUUCCUUUUAGUGGAAAAGUUGAAGAAAUACACUUUCUAAAUAAAUUGAAUAAAACGUAAAUAAGCUCAAGGGAUAUAAAGAUAAGCAUAGGGAUUUGAUAAUCGUGAUACGUUACUAGUUAAUUCAUAGUCCAUUUCUUUUCUGGAAAUACGGAAGACUAUUCUUUGUUAUCUACAAAAUCAGGCAUUUGUUUGAACAACUCUAUUGAUGUGAAGGUUAUUGAAAUGCGUAGAAUGUGAACAAAAGACUUAAUUGCCUUUGUUGAUACACUAAAGGGCUUGGCAAAAUAGACUUCUUGUUCUAAACAACGAUUAGAAAGCUCUGUGAAUGAAGUGAAAGUUCAUUAGUGUUGUCUUCUUUGUGUGCAUUAAAUUGAAAGUUGUCGGAUCGACACGACAGUAGAGGAAGAACUUGAUGAGAACAUAAAGCGAAACGACUCUUUAAGUUUCGCGUUUCUUAUCUUCAAAAACGAUGUAAACAAGUCCACAAUAGCCAUAGCCGCUAGGGGUAUUAACAAGUGAUUUGGGAGGUAGAUUUACUCCGCCUCUCCUAAGUGAUUGUGAAAGCUUUUUACCUCGAAACGAAUCAACACUUGCAAAGCACAAAAGCUUGGAGAAAGGGUAUAAAUUGUGGAGGGUGAGAGUGAUAAAACUAUUAGCGGGUUUAAAGCAUUUAAAACCAAUGGUAAACGCUGGAUAAUUGACAUAAAUAUGCAGCGUUUGACUGAACUUGGAAUCUUUCAUUUUCUAAUUACUACACACGAUAAUUAGACAGUGGCCAGUGGAGGAGAAGAAACAAAUAGAAUGAGGGAAAAUUGUGCGUCCGUAAAGGGAAGCUUGAGAAACAUUAACUGUGACUGAGAAAGGCAUACUUGUCUCGGUUUGUUCAAGCCUUGAAACAUUCAGAAAAAUAAGGCAUUUUAUCCGGAACCAUAAGCUGCGAAGUUUGAUGAUGACUUCGAAAUAAACGAGAUUCUUAUGGUAAUCGAAUAUAUCUCAGACCUAACUCGCCUGGUUAACCAUUUACUGAAUUGUAUGGUAUUGAGUAGAAUAAAUUUCGUUUAAAACUGACUCCGUUCUGAUUGUGCUUUACAGGAUACAGCUCGCUCUAACCUCCUAGUCUCUAAAUGAAACACCAUUCAAAUAAAUCGUUUAGCAGUGGUUAUGCCUCAAGGACUUUUGAAACUCUGUAGAGUAAAUUCCUUUGGUGUAACCAUUAAACUUCUUCUGCUACUCUUCUUUAUACGUCGCACAUUUGUCGUAUUUUUUUGUGUGUAAGUAUUUUACCAAAUAUAAUUUUGGCUUUUGAAUUUUAGUCGUAGCUCUAACGACAAGGGAAAAAGGUUUGGAAGGAAUAAAAUGUUUAUGAUAUGGAAAACAAGGUCAAAACCUGCAAAGUUGAAAUCCUUCUUGUUAAAUGCAAACAUUUACUGAAUGAUAUGACAAAAAAAUUAAUUGUCACGUAUGAAGUUCAUUUACUUAAUCAUGAAAUUAGAAAAAUAAAAUCUAGCAAACGGUUUUUUAUGGAAUUAAUACUACAAACAAUUUUUUGCUUCUUUCUCACAUAAUUAUCACGUAGAGUACUUUAGCUGGUUGUCAUUGUAAUAUUUAUGAAUUAAGGCCCAUUUUAGUACGCUACACAGUCUUCUUUCUUUCUCAUAACUAAAAAUAAAAAUAAUAAAAAAAUGUAUCUGAAGUUUAACCUGACAUAAAUGCAAUAAAAGUAAGACCAUUUUAAAAGUUCCUCUCCGUCAGCUCCUAGCUCCAAAAACGGAACUUUUCUUUGUUACCUUUUAUAAUAUUGCUAAGCGAUACUCUUUGCUUGUUGGUUUGUUUUUUAAGUUACUGACUCUUUACUGAUUUAGAUCAGUGUACCUAAUAUGCUUUGAAGGGGAAGCUCGACCAUAUGUUCUGUGGACGUUGAGUAAACCACUCACAUUAACUACUGAGCUUAUAGUUUUCUGGAGACGCUUUAUUUUUUACUGUUGCACUUGUCUAUGGAUGCCCACUAAUAGUUAAAGAUAAAAAUUCAAAAAGAUAAAAAUCUACCCAGCAGCAUUCUCCUGUGUUACUGUUCAUUAUGAGGUAGGUUGAGGAAAUACAAGGUUGUCCUAAAUUUCACUCUGCUUUUCUUGAAAGUGUGAUCAUUUAAUUAAAACUACUGAUUGGUCAUUGUUGUAUUUUUAUGACGAAAUAAUUAAUUUUUAUUAUUUCUCAAUGCUUUUUCACACCGCAGGUUAUUUUGAAUUCAAUGCACAAGUACCAGCCGCGUGUUCAUAUCAUUCCAGCCAAGGACUACAGCCCCUAUGGACUGAGGAAGGGUUCCUAUUAUACCUUUGUCUUUACUGAAACACAAUUCAUGGGAGUGACUGCCUAUCAAAACCCAAGGGUGAGACUGACUUGUUAAUGACUAGCAGCUGAUUUUAUUUCACACACUGGCCUCCUUUGUAUUCCUGUGUAGCUAGCGGGUCUAGUGCUUUUCAAAGAAGCCAAGUCAAACUCUUUCACUGCUAAACUCGUGUCUAUAUGGAUCCUAACGUUUCAGCCUGUUGGCGAAAGCCUAUAGGGUGUAUCAUUCAAAUGAAACUUUCUUGGCAUUACUUUUGUAAGGUGCUAUUUGGUUUUCAGAAUAUGUGCAAACUAAACUGAUUUGGGGAUUUUUAAGACGAAUCUUGAUGUUAGGCUGUCUUAGGAGUGAAAGGACUAUAAGACAUUGGCAUGAUUGAAAAACUGACUCAAACAACGAACGGGUCAGAUAUCUUCAACUCCAUCGGUGUUGUGAAUCAAGUUAUUACGGUAGUAAGAAUCGAACGGACAAAAUCCUAUAGUUUGGCCCAUUUUUCAGUCCUUUUAACUAAUUUGUAUUUAAGAAAUUGUUUUAAAAAAGGAUAAUCGAUCCAUCUCCCAUCGGGAAUUCAAUUGAUGUCUUUCUCUACCUCUUUUACUGACUAGAUUACAGUUGCACUAUUGAUCUACGGGUGUCUUGACAGACUAAGUUCUGAGCGCAUUUGUGAGUGAAAGAAUGCUUUUUGAGUGUUGAUACUAACACUAGCUGAAUCGAACGAAUUUGGUUAACCUUUAUCAUAGUAAGAAAAUCUAGUAAAGCUUUUCGGACAAAGCAAAAGUAGAAUAAAGCUUGGACACAUUUUGCUGGGCUAGCACUAGAACGCUAGUAUUUAGGUAGCAUUAUUUAGGGAGUUCAUUGGUCUUCAUCUUAAUUUAGCCUACUUGGAAGGAAGUAACAUUUAUUAAUACGCGAAUUUGCUCAUGCUGGGACAAUUUAUGACUAAACUGACCUACGCCUAAAAUUAGCACGCUCAUAAAACGAUAUUUAUCUCAUACUAAGGUAUCAACACGAAAGUCUCAGUUGCAAGACAGAAACGGGCACAUUUCACUUUUAUUUUAAUCAUAAUAGGCAAGACGUUUAUUCUUAGAUGCAGUUGCGUUAAUCAAACGUAAAAUUUCGUGAGUCCGGUUUGGAAAGCAUUGUGUGGCAGGCGAACAUUUUUCCAUGGCUUAAGUGGUGCAAACUAUAUUGUAGGAAGAAAAUAUUUUUUUCUUUGUUUUCUCUUUAAUAAAGGAAAUCUCGUACUCGAAAGUCCGUAAAUCUGGGGUUAAUCUCGUACUCAGCAAAUCUUAAGUCCGGAGCUUAUGAGAUGGCUUCCUAUAACCUCAAAAUUAACUACAUGUGACACCAAUUUGUCUGAGUUUUUGCGUAAUACGGUAGCGUCUAUAUACAAGUGUAUAAGACAAAGCAAAAGGAUACUCCACAAAAAAAAAUGUAAAGAGGUACUUGCAAAGAUUUUAAGAUAAAUUUGAUUAAGAAAGAUAAAGCGCGAUAAAGGCUGGCCGAUACUUAUCAAAUGCUAACGCCUUCGAGAACCAUUUUCCUGUUCCUACGGUUAAGAUAUUAUUUUCAAGGGGGAUUUAACUCUUUCAGUUCAUAAAAAAAAUCUUCAGUGGUCCGACCCUCCAAAAUGGAAGAGUCUGAGAGUAUUUUCCUGUGGUGCUGUUUAUUGUGCUUUAAACGGUCGUUCUUAACUUUGAGAAUAUCAAGGAAAUAAGUAAGAACUUUACCUUCUAGCAGGAAAAGACUAAAAAGAGAAUUCGCGAACUUUAAGACUUGUUUGUUGGUCGACCAUUAUCAUGUCAAUAUUUUAUACUAAACAAAACAUAGUUAGUCACAGCUUUUACUAAGCUAAAAUCACAAAAAGAAAUUUCAUUUCAUGCUUGUUGUUUUUGCAACCGUUUUUCAAGAAAAUCAAGUUCAUUCCAAGGGUUUAUUUUGACGAAACAAAAAUAAUUUAUACCAGUGUUUCGAAAUUUUUUUGCAAACAGACUUGAAUUACAUAUAUCGCUUUCAAUACUGCUGCGGUACAAAGCGUGCACCACUCGAGACUAAACUUUAAGGGCUCGAAAAUGCGAUUAUGAAAGUGUGACCAUCCAUAUCAAACUUUAUGCCACGAGUACUUUCCCAUUGUACUGGAACAUUUGAUACUUAAAAUUUAUUCCUAUUUUCUGGGUCCAAUUCAAAUCAUUCCAAAGUGAUUUUUAUAAUUGCUGACUCAUUAAAGUUUUUUAAGGUCCAAGUGCCAAGAGCCAAAUGCGCGCAUUUCUGUUAAAUCAAGUAUGUAUUUUUAUCAAGUAUUUUGAGUCCUAAAAUAUUUGAUUACUGCGCAUGCCAGAAAGCGUAUACUUCUGGUUUCGGCGGUUUACACGCAAUCGAUAUCUUACAGACUCAGAUAUCGGUCCUGGUAAACCACUUAUUUCAUCGCAUUAAUUGGUAUCCGUACAUGUUUGUUGUUCCUGAGAGCUUCCUGUAUUUACAAUUUCAUUCACGUAGGCUACCUUACCGCCUUUCCUGCUAAAGAACUCCACUAGUUUAGCUUGCAAAACGCAUUGCCAAAUAUUACUUAGAAUCGACCAGGUCGCCUGCGGCCGCACUUGACGACUUAACAGGUUUAGUUCCAAUUAAUUAAUGAAACGUAACUUUCCAAUUUAUUAAUUAAACUUAACUGGUUUAGAAAAUACUAAUGCGGCCGCGUAUUUGGGGUGUUAACCGAGUCUUGACCGGGGUUAUCAGUAGUCUGAAAUAAAAUCCACCAACAAUAGAUUUUAUUGGCGGAAUAAUUGGCGGUAAUUUGAGUUCUUCCUACUUGACCGACGAUGGCAAUGGAUUAAUGUGAAUUUUCUUUUUGGGCAUAAACAGGACAAGAAUUUGAAAGCCCUUUCGAAGAUAAUAAAAUUCUAAGAGCUGCGGCUUGUCUGUUUGUUGACCAUAGCUUUGGCCAAGCGUGAAUAGUUUUGACGCAAAAUAAACAUGUUCUCGAAUGUUUUGAAUAACUGCUACUACUCUUUUUUAAAACGUAUGAGAGAGAAUAGGACAGCCUAACCCAAAAGGGAAUUGCCUUUUAUAAAUGAAAUGAAGAGAAGAAGAAACGAAUAAAAAUGUUUUUCAAAUCCGGUAUUUAAUUUGGUGCUCCACUGUCAAUUUCCGUUUAUUUUUCAUAGUUUCACAUUCCACUUUACAAUGAGUUUCUCUAAAAGAGCGUCUGCAGUAGAUGUUUUCCUUAAACGUUUGAAACAAAAUGGUCAUCAGUACUUGGAGGGAUUUUCUAGAGAGAGAAACUUAAAAGACACAAAGUAAAUUCUCACGCAAUCACGAAAGGUGAAUGGCGGCAAAUAUCCGACAGUCAUGGAUUCCGUAACUUUCACGUCCUUUUAGCAUCCAAGCAAUCACUUGCUUAACAAAAAAGCCAGGCUUUUUUGAAGACAUUUAUUUCCCAUUUAAGUGACCAGAGUUUCGUUUUCAUUUAUAAGCUGUACUGCAAAACUGAAGAUUAUAGAGGGGAUAUUCUCCACUGCAAAACGGAAAACCACAUCUUAGCAAUUUGGACUUCGGAGCGUUUCAGUCUAGGAAGUUGCCGAUGGACACCCUUGGUUGCGUUGUCAAAACAAGGCUAUUUCUGGUUGUUAAUGUCAAUAUUUCACCAUUAUCUUUAUACUUCAGUAUAGAAUAGAUUCCAGACCAUUGGUUUAGGAAUUUGGUUUUCGGGUGAGUGUAUUUGUCGUGUUUUUAUCUAGUCGGCAUGUAUCAGAGUGUCCGGCUCCUGCUGGAUCAGAAAAUGCAUGACUACAAACUUCUUAGGAAAUGUUCCCGCAAUAUAAUUUAGGGUUUCCGCCACUAAUUUGUCCCCUUGUUAAUGGAUACCCAGCUGAGCACGUACUAAGUUAAGAUUCGAUAGAAAUUUUAAACAUUUGUUGCCUUUUCACAGUGUUUUACACAAAAUACCAGAAGCUACCAGAGGAAAGUAAAACUCGCUGGUUUUCCUUUGGUUAUUGUGCAUCACUAAAAAUAAAGGAAUAUUAAGUAGUUUCUAUGAAAACUGUAAUAUUUGUACAUCCAAACCUUAGCCUGCGUCGCAUUAAUAUGGGUGCAAGGAAGAAAGAGGCGCUUGAGGAAGACACACUAACCACCGCACCUACCCACUUAGCAAUAAGGGUACUGCACGUGCUCUCCUUCCAAUAUAAAUCCCAGGGACAAAAAAUUUAACCUAUUUGUUACGACUUAAAGAAAUGAAAAUUUGAAAAUCACAAGGAACUUUAGAUUCGUGACAUCUUUAUUACUCAUACAAACUACUUUCUGCAUUAUUUGAAUGUCAAUGUGGUAAAUGGAAAAGGAAUGUUAAUGAGCGCUUUGAUCCGGCUGGCUUCUCACAAACUUUGCAUAACAGGGUAGAACACCUGACUUAAAAGUAAAACACUGAAGAGAAGGCCUGAAAGAUAUUUAUCAAACCCUAACCUUUGAUUAACUAACACAGAAGAGAAAAAGUUGGUAUACCUGUUCCCAGUUGUUCAAAAGGUGGAUAGCGCUAUCCACUGGACAGAUCUGUUAUCCACUGUAUAAAGAAAUAGUUUUGCCUAAUAGGAUAGCGCCAUCCAACGUUUAGACAACCGAGGCCUGCAAUAAGCACCCCCCCCCCACCCCCUCCUCACGCCCACCACAUCUUCCCCGAGAUUCUCGCCCUUUUGAGUAUUUUCCAAGCCUGACUGUUUCACCCGACUCUUAAAUUAGGAAGCCAUCUGAGGAGUUUCAUGAUAUGCGAUCACCUGCAGACAUAACCUGCAGAAUGCACCAAAAGGCGUUGACCCUUUUACUCCCAGAGUAAAUAAUGGAGUCUUGUAAGGUAGUUGGGGCUUAUGAUUCUUUGGACAAAAUCCUGUGGUGUGACCAUUCAAAUAAAAGCUCCUUGCGAGUACUUUCGUAUGAUACUUUUUCAAUGUUUUUUUUUUUUGGCAUUUUUCAAAAUGAAAUUUGGACCUCUUUCCUAAGUUUGACUUAAGCCACUUCUGGGAGUGAAAAGCUUAAUGAGAUUGAAUAGGAGAGUUUCAUGGCAAAGGUAACAAGAGUAGGUUAUAGAGAGUUGGCAAUGAAGGUUAUUGAACUUGUAUAAGCAGAUAUGACCGAGGUCGUAGACCAGAUCAGAGAGUAUCACGUAACCUUUUCUAAAUUCUCGCGAGGAUUACAGCACUCUAUAGAAUAUCUAAUAGACCCUUCAAAGACUAAAGUGUGAUUAUUCUAUUUCUCAGCAAAUGUAUACGAAGCCUUAUUCUCAGGGUGUCGCGCCACAAAACAUUUAUAUUCAUGCCUCAUUUUUCAAGGUUCCCUUGUACUGUCAACUGAUAUAAUUGCGUCAAGUUUUGAUGAUUUUUUUCCAUGAUUAUAUGGGGAUAAGUCGCUACUUUUGUUCGAUACUAUAUGUGGUCUUUACGACUGGAAAACCCACCAUCCUCUUAAAAUUUUGUAUCCAAUUUUAAGCAAUUAUCUUUAUAACUUGAAUCCACUUUGUACUCCCUAAGUGGUAUUGCAUUACCCCUUAACGUUUUUUUAAGUUAAUGAGAUGCCCAGACCACGUAUACUACUAAUUAUUUCUCAGGUUAUAAACCACAUGACACUUAUACUUUGGACUGACUGCCAUAACUUGCCGAGUCUUGCGUGGUCUAUAUGUUUUCGGUAUUACUGAAUAAAUAGCGAUAUUCAUGGCCGAAAGGGGGCCAGUUUACUUUAUAUUUUAACAAAUUAAUUUAACCCCCCUAGGUUCUAAAUGAGUGGUUAACGCCCAAAAUGCGACAAAUAAGAGACAAUCCACCUUAUUAACUCAAAACUGAAUAUUCACAGCUGACGGGAAAGACACUAAUUCCCAAUACAUGGCCAACAAUUCAUCAACUGCACUAAGGGAUAUAACUUAAACGUACAAAGAACUUAACGAGUGUUUGAAAUAGAGAGCUGCUGGUAUAGUUGUAAAACGCGACCAACCUAUUAUUGAACAUUUUGGUUUAGGUUGCUCGUCAAACGCGUUGAUAAAACCUCGUUAUAUUAAUACCGAUUGUGAGUUUAGGUUCAUUCGUACUGUAAGAUUUUAAGAGCCGUAGAAGGCACAUGAGUUCUUGCCAACACCUUGCUUAUAACACUAGCUAUGAUAGAUAGAAAUGAGCAUAGCGAACAACGAUCAGAUACGUUUGCGUUAGCUCGGUAACUAUAUAAAAUCUGGCGACCCCCGACCAGCACAUGGUCAUUGUAUAUGACUGACAUAUAUAUUGUACACAGGAAUCAAGAAAAUAUCUCCCAUGGCCAACUGUCGUGCGAUUUUUAAACAAAUUAUAAUUAUUCUCUUUUUAGCAUCUUAAGAAUUAUAGAUUGAGAAGUGUACAGAGAGGAGGGGAUUUUAAAAGGUUGGCCCUUACUCGUGACAUCUGAAGUUAUGUUAUUUCUCCAUUAGAUAACCCAAUUAAAGAUUGAGAACAACCCCUUUGCAAAGGGAUUUCGUGGGAGCUGCAACAACACAAUGCACCAUAUUUCACUUAAAAGGUAUGUGCGCCCAUGGCGGUGAUAUUACGUAAUAAUGAUUUAAUUUUAGUUGCCAUUUAAUGGCUUAACAAAUACAUCAACAACUAGGAAAAUUUAAAUUUAAAAGCAUUACGUACAAAUACUGACAACAGCCUCCGGCUCCGUAACAAUAUCAUAAAAAAAGUGCUGUGUAAUAUUAAAUUGAAAUGAUUUAUACAGUACAAAAAAAUCACAACAAAGUUGUACAUCUGGGAGAUUGUACUCACUGGAUCUCGCUUACAUGAUCCUCAACACUAAAGCAAUUGAUGUAGAGAAUAAAUGGGUCCCAGAGCUAUCUCAAACAAAUGAUAAAUUGGCCAUGACAGUGGCUUCAGUGUAGUUUCUUUGGGAUAAUAUGGGAGUAGAUUACCCGCUCAACUCAGCGGGAAUCGCCGGAAAGAAUAAAAUGAAGGUAAGCACCGUAAGCUGGUCGUAAAGUAGACAUUAGACGUGCCCUAUUCAGGAAAACAUUUACUUCCAUUAAGGUGGAUCAAACCCUGCCGCGGACAGUCUGUGGUUUUCGCUAAGGCUACCCGUUUGGGCGCGCGCGAUGACUGUCGUUAUUAGCCCGAUUAACAUCCACCCUCUUUCAAAGCUGAUUUUCAGAGGGGGGACUGAUAUCAGCUAUGUGGCUGUUAGGAUGUGUCCAUGUAUCCCCUCUCACCACAACUCAGUUUGAUUUUUCUUGGAGAGCAGAGAGUUUAGGUGUCAACUAGCCCUUUACAAGGAUUCAAAUGGCUAUCAAGGUAACAUUGGCAGAGAAAUCAAAGAUUUUUCAAAUGCUUUCUUGUGAAAGUAUGGUAAAGAACUUAAUCUUUCAUACUACAUACAUACAUCGUUUACUACCACUUCUCCAUGGGGGAUUUUCGGAGGCAAUAAUUAAAACUAAAGUAUAUAUUUACAAUAAGAACUAAUUAAUUAGAAUAAAAUUUCAUUAAAUACUAUAUAAUAAGAGUAAAUUCAGUACAAAAUACAAUAAAACGAGAAAACGAGUCUAUAAAAUAUUGCAAAUAGCAAGAGUCAAUUCUAAUCAAAUAUAGAGACAAAAUUACGUAAGAGGCUUAACUUAAGGCAACGUUUAAAAUGGCUCACUGAUUUGCAAAUUUUGAGAUCGUUUGAUCAAGAAUUCCAUAAGGCGAUUGUUCUGUUGUGGCUGAGUAACUAUCAACUGGAUCCAAAGGAGAUCAAUACAUAUAUAGCUUCCUUUGAAUUUUCAGAGACCGGAACUUUACGAACCACACGUGUCAGUAAGCGUGACAAAAUUACCACAGUGAAUUACAAAGGAGAGCACAUUAUGAAACUAAAGCCAAACCACAUUUGGUUUGCCGCCAGGUCUUAAUGGGGUUAACCUGAAUGUGCCAUGAGUGCUAAAAGCCCUGAAAGAAUCACAAAGGAUGUUUACUUAUAAGAACAUGAAAAGGAACUUUCUUUUCAGUAAGAGGCUUACGUAUGAGUAUUUUCUACACGCAAUUAUAUCGAGACAUGGGCAGACACCUUAACCACUAAGCGUAUUAAAAUAAUCAUAAUCAUAAUAAUGAGCAUAAAAAGAAAUUAAGUGACACUGUAUACUUUUUAACUAAAAAGGGGAUUUUCCAGCCUUCCACUCUAUUGAAUGCACGAAAUCAAAACUAAAUAGUAUCACCUGUGUUUUGGCCGAUUUUCAAAGUGCUGCAAGAUGGCCAUGGCCUACGUUCGAUUAGAAUUGCCACUCCCUAAGUUCAUCCAUGACAUUGACAUAAAAGUAUCGCUCACUAAUUUUCUUCUUGAAAGUCCCAACUGCGGAUUUAUUUACAAGAAGUCAGCUCAGAAAAGCAAGGACUUUACCGUAUUUGUCUUUUCGCUUUUUUUUUCUUAGCGUGACAUUUUUCUAGCGUGAUGAAUGAAUGGUGGUAAUGCUUACCAAUUCACUAGCUCUUAAAGCAAGUGAAUAAGGCAUUCACUGGCAACGCUUGGUGAGAUGCAUUUUACUUGUUAAGUGGGCAAUAAGUGGAGUUUUGAGGAAAGAUUAAUUUUGUUCUUAUUGUACCGUUCCAGAAAAUCGCCAGAUGACUGCAACGACACAGACGCCCUGUCUCUCUCCCCCGCGGGAUCUACAUCAAGUGGGGAGUCUUGCAAACGCACUUAUCAGGAUUCUCCGCCUAAAUUCCCGGAUAUAAACGACCCCUCUCCUCCCCCAAUGAUGGGGCAUUCUGGUAAGCUCUCUAUGAAGUACUUACAGACGAGAUGAAAACUGGGACGAGGUAGCUUUCGCAUUGAAUUCUGGGACUAUUACUAGGGACAGCUAAAAAACAGGAAGACCUUAGAUAAAAAUGACCUCAACCAGCCUGGGCAUCUUAGAGGUUUUAGUAAAAACAAGGGUUUGGGUAGGGUACUCAGUCUCACGGGCUUAUAAAGCCUUAUCUAGGUCAUUCUUAUUUGCGGAUUUUCGAAAAAACAUUGGCCAAUAGCUGACCGGCACAUGCUCAGUAACGAUCCCAGAAAUCAUUGCGAGACACAUUUCUGCUCCAGUUCCCUUCUCGUUUCUAAAUACAUAUACCGCAUACCAAGGUAGCUACACUUCCCUCACCACUAUCCUCGUCAAGUUUACUUGAAAAGCCCUUGAUAAUAUCUUGAUAAUAUCCAUAUCUCCUUUUAUUUUUUUGAUAGGAAGCGCGUUUGGCCAUGUCGUAUUUCCUCGACGUCCAUCGGACGCCUUCGACUCGUCUUGCAGUUUUGCCUCCUUUCAAAGCAGCUGUCGACAACAGACGUUCUGCACUGACAGACCUACGGUCACAACACCGCUGAAUACGUCAUCCAGUAUGAAUCUGUCUACGCAUCCUUACAUUCAUAACCUGCAAAUGAAUUCUCUUGCACCGUUGUCUUCAACAGGUGCUCUUUCUCAUCCUUGUCACGCACCGCGUCCUCUUCCACAUCCAGGAUACUUAGGUCAUCCCAAUGAGCAUACAAUUCAUCAUACGCCGAGUCAUCUUACUGCGCAUGUGCACUCUACUUUAAACGGGUACCCUGAUAGCUUAAGACAAGACUGCAGGCCUGAUUAUGGACUGGGGAGAAGUGACUUCAGCAAGCCGUUGACCAUAUCCACUACGUUCCAUACAGGAUUCCCAGGGAACCCACCACCAUAUCCAUAUCAUUAA